AUGAGCGAUAAGCGCGGUUUUCGUGUGGAUGAGUUAUUGUCGGACGAUAAUAAACAGGACGUUGUACAGGACGCUGGAGGAAGAUCUACAGUACCAUCAAGUACCAACCAGAAUAAGACAAGACGUGCUCGAACAGCAUUUACUUAUGAGCAACUUGUAGCGUUAGAAAACAAGUUCAAGACUUCACGCUAUUUGAGCGUUUGUGAACGGCUGAACUUGGCUAUACAAUUACAUCUCACUGAAACUCAGGUGAAAAUAUGGUUCCAAAAUCGUCGUACAAAAUGGAAAAAGCACAAUCCGGGCAUGGACGCGAACUCGUCGCCGUCACCGACUGGCAGCAAUACGUCUUCAGGCUGCACCGCAUCCGAAAAGAUGGCGACUCCGACCAUGCCAUUACCUCCAUCUAAUAUGAUUCCAUUCGGGACGCCAUUAUUGUCGGUGACGUCAAUUCCACAAGUUGGUACACCUUUGAUUCCAUUUCAUUUCUACACCAUUAACACUUCACCAGUUUUUUUGCCCCAACGAUUACCUUUCCUAUCGUAG